UAAUUUCCUUAACUGUUAGCUCUAUAUAAGUGCUCCCUUACCCAUAAGUUCUUAUUCUUCUCUUCUUCGGAUCUUCCCAAUUUCCUAAAGCUGUGUUUUCCUUUCCCUUUUUUUCUUUUUCAGUGAAUUGUUUGAUCCUUUCUGCCAAUGGACAACUUAGCAUUUGAAAUACAUGAAGGUGGAGCACAAAAUACUUUGUCUGUGGGAAAGAUGAGCACCAUAUCCAGAAUGGAAAAGAAGAAGCAGUGGUCAUUGAUGAGGAUUUUUCUCAUGUGUCUCUUGGCCUGCUUCAUCACCACAGCAGUAGGAGUACUGAUUGUCUCCUUGGUUUACCUUAACUCCCAGCCUCGCUUACAUGUUCAGCUCCAACCUGCUUGGCCAAUGAGAACAACAGCAGUUCCCAAAGUACAAAAGGCUGUUGAUCCCAAAUUCCAGUUUCUUAACCAUUUACCUAAGUCAAAGGUGUUUGAGUUCCCUGGUGGUGCAAUCCAGUGGGCCCGGUACAGGAACAACAUCAAAGACUAUCUUAGUGAUGAAGAAGAGGCCUUUGGCACCAGCUUGAACAGUCAGAGAUCGCAGAUGACUCUGGGGACCCUGAGAAUAAAGAGCAAGGGCCUCCGGGCCCCUCACUGGCACUUUAAUGCCAAUGAGCAUGGCUAUCUGGUGCAGGGCACUGCAUGGAUUGGGGUGGUUGAUGAUGGUGGUGAAGUAGCUACCACAUACAAUGUCACAGCUGGUCAAGUAAUCUUCUUCCCUAAAAAUACACUGCACUGGAUAAAGAAUGUGGGUAAUGAAGACUGCUUUUUCCUUCUCUUCUUUUCUACACAUGAUGAACUUCAGACUCUGGAUGUUGAUGAUGUAUUUUUCUCUACACCUGAAGACAUUGCUUCCAGGUCUCUUAAGCCUGAAGGUGGAGUUAAUUUCAUUAGAAAAUUUCAUAAGCAAACCGAAGACCAAGCGGUUAAUCUUCCUCACAACCUGGCAGACCUGGUUAUGAAUGCUAGUUAUGUACAAUCUCCAGACAGCCUUGUGUGGAGAUACUUUUUUGACCUUAAAGGUUCCAAAGAAUAUCGGUUUCCAGGAGGAGUAAUACAAAAGGCACAUUAUUGGAAGAAUGGAAGUGAACUAAGCAACAAUGAAAAAAUUUUCAGUGAAUUCCUGAAUGAGCAUGAAAAUGCUCUCAGUUUGAGUACACUCAAAAUUUAUAAUAAUGGAUUACGGCAACCACAUUUUCAUUUUAAUGCAAAUGAAAUGGGAUAUGUAUUAAGUGGCUGUGGAAAGGUGGGUAUUAUCAAUACUCAGGGUACUAUAGAAUUUGACAUCCACAUUGGAGAUGUGAUAUUUUUCCCCAUUGGAACCCAGCAUUACAUUAAGAGCACAUGCGAUGAGGAUUUGCUUUUCAUUCUUGCCUUCAGUACUGGAGACAAGCUGCAAACCCUUGACAUGGAUGAUUAUAUGCAGGCCACUGCAGACCAUAUCUUGGCCCAACUUUUCUUCAGGAGACAAAGUGAAUUUAAGAAGAUUCCCAAAUUCAAGGAGGACCAAGCAAUCAACCUACCUUAGAGUUAUUGUUGAGUUCCUACCUAUUCUCUAUUGGUUGUUGCUAAUGAACUAGGUGGGAGGCCUUUUACAAAAAGUGGGAUGGGACAUUUGAUGCAAAACAGCCCUGAGUGCCUGUUUAGCUGAUAGUAAAUAUAGGAAAUUAAUGCUAAGAGAACAUUUCAGACUAAAAUGUUUUGGGAAGUCCUGAUAAAUUAAACUAAUAUAUUUUUGUAUGUACUUUAGUAUAUGUUUAUAAACAUAUAUUUGUUUAUUUUCCUUUUGUAACUUUAAAUUUAUUCCUCCAAAUGUAAAUGAUGUAAAUCCAUUCUUCCUGUGCACAUAGGUAAAACUUAAUACCCUGUAAAUGUUUUUGACUUUAUCACUAUAAAAGGAAGCAUGUCAGCUUAUGUAUAUACAUAUUGAAACAAUGGAAUCCACAUAUGUCAAACCUUGUCUGAAGAGUUACUGAACCCUGGGCUGGGGAUUCUCAACACUUUUUUGGCAUUGGAUACUUUUUGCAAUGCCAGCAUUUUUAAGAACUCAUUUGCAGUAGAAGUUAUUUACUGUGUGUAAGCUGAGAAGAUAUUUAAUGAUAAACCAAUUAUGAAUUUGAUAUGAUCUUUGAAUAUAUUUGGAUUUUAUAUAUCACUUCAUCAUCUGUUUACAUUUGAGAAAUAGUCCCCCCUAUAUUUGAGAAGUACAUGGUUUAUUUAGUCUUUUGGUAUUACUAGCUAGUUAUAUCCAUCAGUUAUCAUUCUGAAGCUUGUUGGGGCUGAUAGUCUCAAAGUUGGGUCACUGUCUUAAGUAGAAAUUACUUUUUUUAGAUAUAAUCUGUGCUUGAUUUUUAUUUAUAAUUUCUUUUAUUAGAUAUUUGGUGUCCCAGCAGUAUGCUUAGCACCGUAAUCAGUUCUAGCCUGCAUUAUGUAAAAUUCUGAAGUGGGAUAUGUGAGAAAGCAGGUCACUGUGUCUGGAAGGGAGGAACCCAGUGGUAAAAUAUGAGACAUGAGAUUGGAGAAGAGAGGAGAGAUCAUAUGGUAAAAAGUCUAGUGCCCCUUGCAACCUCCUAAUUGUGAAUUUACCUGAUCGCUCUUUUUCAGGAGAGCUAGCCAAGGUCAAAAUUUGGUAACAGUGGGAAAUUUCUGGGGGUUGUUAUUUUGAAGAGACUUUAUAGGGAAUAGGUUACAAUUCAGGGGAAAGAGAAAUAUGGUUGAGAAGAUGCAGUGACUUGCACAUAGGUAUAUGGAAGAGGAUAUUCAAAUAGAGGGGGAAUAGUUAUAAAAGGUGGAUGACAAUGUGUACAGAUGGAUUUUAUCUAUAACAUGUUACUUUGGGAUUUUAAGAAAUAUACUAUAAGUCAGUUCAUAAUACAUUUUCUUGUAUCAGGAAGUAUUGUAUCAGAUUACUGUGUGGUCAUUUAAUAAAGAUUUUGUAUGUCUUUGUACAUUUUA